UUUUUAAGUUACUCAAACAAAAGUUAGAUGGCUCCCAGGUACAAAAUAACAACAACGCUCCUUCACAAACUUAGUGAUUCUUUAUGCUGAUAAUUUUGUUCUUUGGGUUCGAAAUUCUCCUUAAAAAGGGGAGAAAAAGGAAAAGGUAUUUCAGUUCUUUUAUAUGAACAUUUUCCAGUCAGAUGAAAGACAGAAACUAAAGGGCUUUUUUUUUUCGUUUAUAGUUUCAUUUCCUUUUUCGUAAUCGUUCAGUCGGUGACUGCCGGCUUUCUUGACCUCAGUGUAUGCAGUGUGGGUGUUUUCGUUCAAGAAAAAAAUGAUAGAGGUAUUUUGUUGAGAACACCUAUUACUUUUUUUCUGGAAAAAUGUUCCAAAAACGCAGUAAAAACAAAGAAUUUUAUCUUUUUCAUGCCAUCUUACCCCAGCGUGAUAACAGCUUUUGGAUUUUGGCACGCGAUGUUUUUUUUUGCGAGGUGGUCUCUUCAUAAAGGUGGUCGCCAUGGGAGGCAAGGCUGUUGGAAAAAAUUAGCAUGGGCUAACUUCCUCGAAAUUCUCUGAGGUAAAUUAUAUAAGAAAAUGUAUUCUUUUUCUUUUUUUUUUCCGAUUUCUACUUUGAGCUCAUGCACAUCUGACUUCGCAGUUUUCUACCCGACUGCUGAUUCAUUAAAAUUCAAAAAUGCGUUUGUGAUAUCGUGUGAUAUCGCGUGAUAUCCGUAGGACGUCCGCUCAGCUGUCAGACCUGUUAAAACAUUAAAAUGGAGAAACGUGAACUGCAUCAAUUUGUGUGAUAAGCGAGAUGUGCUAUUAAGAUAAAUGAGUCAUUUUAGAUCUUAAAAGCUGAAGAAAUUCACCGACAUUUCACCUGUUUGGCUAUAACGUCUUUUCAUCCAUCGUAGAAAUAUGAUAUGAGCAAUUUCGGAAAAUUAAAAAAAAUGCAAUCUAUUUACAGAUGAAACUAAAACUACGAGUAAUAUGACCAGUUUGAUGUUUGAGCUUCUGAAUUUCACUUGCCUGGAUUGAAAGUAUUCUCCAUGCGUGCUCAUUAUCUUUAGCCGGUUGCCUCAGAAGAAUAGCAAUCUUUUCAAAUAAUUUCACUGACUGAGUUCAUUCACUGCCAUUACACAAAAGUUCAAGGAACUUUAAAAUUGUUCUGUGGGUCUCGUUGGUCGCUGCACCGGAAACCUUAUCUAGAAGGAAACUAUUAUAAUCAAGAAGUUCUGAAUUAUAUACGUCGGUGUAAUAAUUUGACUUGGACUGGAUAUUGCAUAUGAUCAUCCGCCUAAAAACACCCUUGUCCUGUUUGAAAAGCAAAAGGCAAAUAGGUUUAAAUUAAGUUCUUUGGAAAACUUCACGGAAGGACUAAGGUUUGUUUUGUACUGUUUUGUGUCCGUUUGUUUCGUUUGCAUUAUUAAGAGAGAAGUUCGUUAUUCAAUCGAAAGAAAGUCACGUUUAUAAUUAAAGACUUUGGAAUAUUAAUUUCCCAGAGCAAUUAGUCACUGUUGUAAUUGAUUCUCUAAAUGAGUUCUUCGCUAAGUUGUUUUUUCGAGACAAGAAACGUUAUUAAAAUAUAAAAACCUUCUUUAGACUAGACAGGUGAGAGAGAAUGGUUGUAAUUUGGAGAAAAGAUUUGGAUGAGACAUAACAGUGAAGCAAAAGAAAAAUGGCGAAAGAGAUGAUUCUAGGUAAACAGGAAUGGAUAGUCCAAAAAGGUUUCAGCCAACUAACAACCGAGGCGAUUAUUAUAAAGAAAAAGACUGGGUAACUCGUUAGAUGUCAAGGCUGUUGUGAACAAGUCGUUAAAAAGUUAGUGCCUUAAAUCGUGGGAACCUUUAUCAUAAUUUUAAAACAUGAUAAAAAAUAGCUUUUCUCUUAGUGGGUAGAUGAAAACCUGUUGAGCAGGUUCAUUGCUAAACCAUGUUGACUUUACAACGCAAGCAUCUACAUUUACAAAGCUAACGCCGAGUUACCAACGAAUUGUUCUUUUCCCCUUUUCUUUUCUAAAAGAGCUCAAUAACAGCUACAAAAGUGCUUUAGUCAUCGAUAUUUAGGCCGAUAUUCAUGCAAGUUAUUCAUCGAUAUUUAUGCCGAAUAAAUGCCAGUUUUAAUAUUUGAACCAGACACGAUUUGUAUUGCAGAACAGCUUUCACUGAGAUGCCAGUCCUGUGACUUUAUCAUAUGCUCUCUUCCAACGAACAAGGACCCUCGUCAAUCACUCCCAAAAUAUUUUUCUGUUUAGUUUUGGUUACGCCUCUGUGAUAUUUUUUUUGUGCGAGAGAAUGCUCAUCGUGCUUGAUGUCUGAGUCUUAUUUAUCUCAAGUCCUUGGAAAUUAAGUUCCUGAAUUUCCUAUCGUACUCAAAACAAUAUAAAGGUUAUUCAGAUUCACACGAAAAUGAACAUUUGAGUCAAAUUGACCUUAAAAUUUUUAUAAUUAAGGGUAAAGCGAAUUUAAUGAUAAAACUUCCGACAAAGUUCGGUUUUCUGUUGUUAUUGAUAUUGAAUUCGGUUUUGAGCCCAAAGUCGUGGUCCACAUUUGUGUGACCGAACUUUUGGUCCAAUCUUGCGUUUUAAGAUGACUCUUAACGAAACUUAUACCUUUUCAGUCAAUAUUUCAGGUCACUGGAGGCGUUUAUUCAUGAGAGAGAGCUUAAAGUGGCAAUCCACACAAUCUGAAAUUAUCUCUUUUGUGGUGCAGGCCUCAACAGAAGACUUGCCACACGUGGCUGAGAAAAACAAACCCGUUAUAAUAGCGAACAUUUGUUCUUUGAGAGCAGAAGUCUUUCUGUAGUGAUGUAUUCUAGUGGCAUGUGUUUACAUUAAUUCUUAAACAGCCACCUUCCGUUGAAGUAUGCUUUAACAACCUUAUUUUAUAUUCAAAAUAAUUAUUUCCUUUAUUUUGGAUUUUUUAGUCACAAUUAGUAGCUGGCCAAAUUCAUCAUUUCAAGUUAUCUUUAGUUCAUAUAAAUAAAAGGAACCAGUUUACAUCAAACUCCACUUUGUGACAUUAAAAAUAAUGUUUGUGUUAAAAGAAUCGGUGUAAAAGCGAAACGAGGUGGCUAGGUUUGGUGUAAAAACCUUGAAAUAUUUCAAAGUGUGUCUAUAUACAAACCACUAAUUCAAAACUAAUUGCUCGUAAAAUCAAUCUAACAGAAUGCAAAUGGACUACGACACUAAAUCUACCGUGUCCUGAAUAAAUUUCGGACCGCCCUAUUCAUUAUUUAAUAAAGUUUCGAUUGUUUUGCUUGAAAAAAGUGACCACAACAAUUCUGCUUUGCGACAAUCUUGGUAAACCCUCUUGAAUUUGAUGUGUCGCACACUUAAAGGGUUCUCAAAGCAACCAAUUUUCGGUUGAAUAAUUUUUUUUUUAACUCAAGCCUCGCUGCUUUUUAAAGUUGAGGGCGCCAGAUUAGUUGUAAUGAAGAACUAAUUAAUGGUUAUACAAGGACCCCUGCUGACCUCGCGGGGCUAAUUUAACUGAUUGUAAAUGUGGCGAGAACUAUCAAUAUUAGUUCGAUUUUUCCAGACGAUAAACGCUAUCAAUUAGAACAGUUGAAACCUCGUUGAAGAGUAAGAUAGCAAAAGGUCUUUUACCGGUGGUUAGAGCGAGAAGAACUUGAUCUCAACUGAUUGAAAUGAAAGAUUUCUUCUUUUACGUCGGAGACAUCUUUUCGUCGAACAAAUCUUGCCUAGCGCGAACACUUUUUGUCUCCUUGAAAACUUGAUAGGUCUUCGUCGACAGCUUCUUGAGAUUCCAACGACAGGGUCAACGAAUGAAAAUCUUGAUCAAAUCCAAACGAUAUUUUCAAAUUAUCUUUGUGCACUUGGCACAGAAAGAACUUCAUUGGAAUUCAGUUCACGUAGCUUCACAGCAGCACUUCAUGGGUUCCACAAAUAGUCCUUGUUUCUUAGGCCGCGAUGACUUGUCUUAAUCCGACGAUUCAAAAAGAAACUGUCGGUUUCUCAACAGCUUGUAAACAAGUGUACAUCGUGCCGUGAAUUCUGAGUUGGUCAAGAAAACUAAUUUGUCCGUAAUCAGCUAAGACCCAGUUGGAAAUUGAAAUGUGUUCAUUUUUUGGACAAAAAUGACCCACUGCGUCCUAGCCACCUUAUCUACAUAACCUCAGUCUCCCACAGAUUUUAAUUUUCUUUUCUGGAUUCCAAACAAACAUCGCUGCUUGUCGUAUGUUAUUACAAACUUUCUUCCAUGCCAGGGCUUAAAUUGCGCCGGAUAAUUCCAUUCUGUGACAACAGCGGGGCACGACCUUCAAUUGAAGGAUUGAAACUGAACUCCUUUGAACAAUAGUUGAAUGCUGUUUAACUUCGAGCUCACAGACGAAAUUUACUUUAAAGCAUCACAAGAAAUUAUAUAGUAUACAUUUGCAGAUUCACUUUUUGAUAAACUGGUUAAUUUUAAUUUAAAUAGCUCAAACGUCAGGGGACGUCUUACAAUUUCACCGAACAGCCUUUUUUGAGUUAAAAAGUGAUGCAAGAAUUUUUUAGCCACAGUUAGUUGAAGUUCAGUCGGAGUAGUUCAAAUUUAAUAGGCAAUUUGUUGAGCAGUUGGAACUCGUUGCAAACUUCUUUAUUAACACUGGUAAAACAACAGGAAAUUGACUCAAAGAAAGGCACAGUGAGAAUUUCACAUGACUAUACUGUUGAUUAUGGAAAGACUGAAAAUUAUUUCUCUUUUCCAAGAAGGCUCUUGCUGCGUCCCUAGAGAUUCUUAACCAUUGUGAUUCAAUUUCACACGCUGCGCGCUUGCUAGUGAAAUAUGCGUUCUUGAAGCGUUCUUAAGAGCUCAAAUGAUACCACCGGAAAAAGAUUUUUGUGUCUUCGCGACGUGAAAGAACACCAAUAUUCAUUAGAUGUGGGCGUCACAGCAUAUCAAUGGAUAAGGAUUUGGCAGGUUCGCAGCACGUUGUUCGCAUUUCAAGACCGCUUCUUCACUCCUCGAAUAACUAAUUUAUGUCAUGCUCUCAUGACGAAAAAAAAAACGCGUUUGCAGUGCGUGUUAAAGACGUCCGAAAACGAAGAAAAGAACAUUUUACGCCCUUAUUGUAGCAUUAUAAUUCUGUUAUUUUGGUUUUUGAUAAGCUUUUAUGUUAUCUUUGUCUUAAGUCCUCCCAAAUAUGACAUUUGUAAUUUUUCGAAGUGUCGAACUACAAAAGUAUAAUUAAGCUAAAUCAACAAAAGUGUGUAAUUAAUAGCUUGCGUGGUUUGGCCUAUCUAUGGAAGGAUUUGGGAAGCUUAAAAGCUGUCACAUGCUGUCACUUGGAAAAGGACUUCUGCUUGGUUUCGCCGCGAAGAUUUUAUAUGCAGCCGUAUGUGGCAGUAAGCCCUAACAAACUUUUGUUGUUUGAGGUUAGAAGCAUGACUCGGAAUCCCCCAGUGGUAGUGUCAACACUCCAUCCCCUUUUGUAAUUUUUAAGACGUCUCCGCCAGUAAGCGAGCGAGGGAACAAAAGGAGAAAUGAUGAAUGACAACCCGCUCAAUUAUGUACGAGUUCCGCGCUGGAUACUGGCUGCCGAUUGGUUUGUUAUGCAAGGGUACUUUGAAUAGCCGCGGGCGAUAAUUCUACCCAGCGCCGACCAAUGACAACAAAGAAAAGAACCCAUAGUUAAUUACAAUGACAGCUGCUUCGGUGGUUCUACUGUGACGGGAAACCACACUAGGGGGCUACUCAGAAAAUGACAGCCCCCUAUAAGAACUCGGCUUUUUUUCCCAAGCCCUUUAUUUGAACGUGGCUUGGCUAAAGUAAGUGUUUGCUGUAAGAUAUUCGCGGCGAUAUCGCGUUCGUAACUCGUGAAAAGUUUUCAAUCGCCUGUUAAGGGUCACUUGGGGCGGCGACGGCCUUGUUAAUCAGUAUCUUUGUAUUGGAGCUGUCAACUCUCUGAUUGAUAAGUGAAUUGAGUCAUUUGGUUUUCAUUCCCAUCAAGCAAAUUGGCCUGGACCGGAUCGGGGCGAUCGACUCCCGAGGAAAGGACAAAAUUGUGACAGUGUUACAUGGUCUACAUGCAGUUAUGUGCGACAGUUCAGACGGCGGCCUAAAAGGGACAUGAGUUUUCGAUUUAAAGGACGAAAAACUGACUUGUGCCGCGUGUUGCUCAAGACUUGUUUAUUUCCGCUUCUACUGCUGGUUGUCACAGCAGAGACACAAAAGUGUACGCAAGUAAUCAACGAUCUCUGCACACUGCCAUACAUAAGGACUGUAGAUGCGGUCGAUUCUGAAAACAACCAAGAAAUCUGCACCGCUUUGGCUGUUUAUUUACGCUGCGUAGAGGAUGUUAAAAAGAUAGUGAAAAGUUGCAGAUCAGACCUUCAUUUUCUUACAAUAUCGACUUUGAUACCAAUGAAGAUGAAAGCCCGAAAUUGUGGAAAUAUUUCUGUAGCUACAAAUGAAACAGCUCUGCGCAGUACAAAGUCUCCAGCUACGCUAGCGACGAAACGACCUGGUUGUUUGAACUUUACAUCUGAGGACUUCAAACCUUCUAAAGAACAAAUUAAGCAAAACCCACACCAUUUUCGACUGUGUGCGUUAUUUGGGGACCCACAUUUAAAAACAUUUACGGAGAAACGUCAAACUUGCGUCGUUCAGGGAGCAUGGCCGCUUAUUGACAACAAGUAUUUCUCUGUGCAAGUUACCAACGUACCUCUGGUGGCGGGUUCCAGCGCUACAGCCACGAACACCAUCACGGUGCUGAUAAAAGCGAGUGGAAAGGGCUGCGUAGAUCAGAAAAUAUAUCGGGCCGAAGCGGGUUCGCUUCCCGCUGAGUUCCACGAUGGAACACAACAGACUGGACCUGCGGAUUGCCCCGCUGUAAUCUAUCCGAGGAAAAAGGGACGUCGAGUUCACAUCGAGAUUAAAAUCUGUUACAUCAGCACCACCAUCAUUAUCCGACAGGUCGGAGAUUUUCUGACAUUUCACGUUAAAAUCCCCGAGCAGCUUCUGUCUACGAAGACUCCGUCUACGGGACUCUGUGUAAUGGGAUGCCCUGAUCGCCAAAGAAUUGACUACCGAGAGCUAUUAUCAUAUACGGACGAUCAACUCGCAAAGAUGCGUCCGCGGAGAAGCAAAAUGUCGCGCGCAAAGGCCCAUGCUAAGUGCACUGAAACGAAAAUCACUGGCUUCUAUCUAGAUUCAUGUUUAUUUGAUCUUUUAACAACGGGAAACGUGAAUUUUACAGCCGCUGCGUGGCACGCUUUAGACGAUUCAUUCUUGUUGGAUGAAAUUGGAACAUUGAGGGACCUACAGUCGUAUAAUACGACGGAACCACGGACAGACAAGCCAACACAGCCAACUAGAAUACCAGUUUCAAGUACAGAAACACAGUCUCAUUCAUUCUCUCUUCUCACGGUUCUAGUGAUCUCCUUGUUCAUUUUGGCGAGAUGACAGAAAGCCGAAAUGCGCGUAAUUUCAGUUUCAAAGUACAGUAAUUUAUGAUCUCUAUCUUCGAUUUUUAUCUGUGGCCUGUCAAGAAAUUCCAGUUGAAGUGAGAUUAUUUUCAAUCUUUCAAAAUCUCCUUGUAGUUUUGAAGAGCGCGACGCAUUUUUUGAGACGUGCGGACCGUAAAUGGAUCGGUGGUAGAUAUCUCGCGAAAACGAAAGAUUGUUUAUGAAAUUAUCAGAUAUGUACAUACCGUUUGUAGGGAAAAAAUUCGUCACUCGAGUAUUAGAGACAUACAUUUUUAUAUCUUUAUGCCAAUAUUUUUCGUCGAGCACCGGAUCAGAGGGCAAGUACAUAGAAAUUUAUUUGUUUUAUACAUUCUCAAUUAAUUUAUGAAAUCCACAGUACAAGCAUUUUGACAAUGCACAUAAGACACACACACACGCCGAAAUGUUCGAAUAAAUCUGAUCAUCAAAUGAGA